AACGAGAGGUUGACACCAAAAAGAGAAAACGCGCCUUUGUCUUCAACUGUCAAGGGGGCUCAGCUCUGACUCGGAGAGAAAGAGAGACACCGAAAUCUAGCUACCUAGCUUCGGUGUCUCCGCCUUCUCCUACAUUUAUUAGAAUGUCUGCGGCUUCGCAUUUUACCGGCAAAUCUACUGUUACUUAUGUUGAUCUGAAGUUGAUUUCCAGCUUAAAUCGGAAAGCCACCACUAGAAUUUCCAUGCCUGAUCGCCACCAGAGCAGCACAUUUUGGUCAGCUGUUGGUCAAUCAAGCAAAGCUACUAAAAAUGGAAGUAUACGCAUGGCAUUGGUAGACGAGAGGCUAGCGCCUGGUAGAAAUGUGGCUGACCGCUCUGAUGUCUUGGCUUUUGAUCUUGUUCAAGGAGAACUUGUAAAGUGGAGUACUGCAAUGGACAAGUCAAUGCCAGAUCCACCAACUGCUGUACUUCUGCAUGGCAUUCUAGGGAGCCGAAAGAACUGGGGAACAUUUACUCGGAGAUUAGCACAGGAAUUUCCAAUGUGGCAGUUUCUUUUAGUAGACUUACGAUGCCAUGGUGAUUCAGCAUCAGUGAAGAAGAGGGGCCCCCACACUGUUGCCUCAACAGCUUUUGAUGUCUUAAAGCUGGUGGCAAAGCUUAGAUUAACUCCCCGGGUUCUUAUUGGCCACAGCUUUGGAGGAAAAGUUGCCUUGAGUAUGGUGGAACAAGCUGCAAAGCCUCUUGCACGACCAGUUCGAGUUUGGGUUCUAGAUGCUACUCCUGGAAAGGUUCGAGCUGGUGGACAUGGAGAAGACCAUCCGGCAGAAUUGAUAUCUUUCCUUAGCAAGCUGCCAAAUCAGGUCUCCUCAAAGCGAGAGGUUGCGAAUGCUCUUCUUCAAGCAGGAUUUUCUAAGGAUGUUGCAGAGUGGGUGGUGACUAAUCUUCGACGGAAUGGUCCUCCCAGUUCAUCAUCAGGCUUCUCAUGGGUGUUGGACCUUGAGGGAAUUUCUGAACUGUACCGAUCUUAUGAACAAACAAAUUUAUGGAAAUUUGUUGAGAACUUGCCUAGAGGUGUUCAUGUCAAUUUUCUGAAGGCAGAGAGGAGUUUGCACAGAUGGGCCCUUGAAGAUCUGCAGCGAAUUCAUGCUGCAGAGGAUCUGGCUGCUGAGGAGGGAGGUGGAGUUGAAAUGCAUGUCCUUGAAGAUGCUGGUCACUGGGUACAUGCUGAUAACCCAGAUGGGCUGUUCAGGAUUCUUUCAUCUUCUUUCCAACUGUUCAAAGCCUGAAGAUGGAUGGAUCAUGACUUUGCACACACUUGGACAAAAUGGCCAUAUGUUGUGCAAAAUAUAUAUAUUUACCAUAUCCAAAAAAUUAUCAAAUGAUUCCAUAUGAUUUAUGUACCAUGGUAGUAUAAUUUUAGUUUCUUGCAAAUUUUCACAUAGGAGCAUGCUUAUCCAAUUCGUUAUGCGUUAACAGUAGAUUGAGCUAUCUUUCACGGUUGCGCUUGGAAACAUGGAACUGUAGGAAAUAGAAUUUUGGUAUCUUUCAAGUGUGUUGAAGUUUUGGCUAACAGUCUUGUAAAAGAAUAGAACUAUAAGUUUUCUAAUGGGUAAGAUAUAGCUUGGCUCAGUCAAUUUAUUUUCA